AUGGUUGCCAAUCUCUUCUACGCCGGCGACCUUUACGGAAGCUUCUUAUUGCACAUCCUCUCGGUCUAUCACCUUCCAGGCGGUGCUAUCCAGCUCCCAGUAGCCGGACACGUUACCCUGGAAUCCAUGGAAAGGCAGAUUGUCGAGUUUGAGGCUACAGUUAUUCUCGCGACGGUCACAACCAUGUCGCAGUUAUCAGAACGCAUUCUUAAUGCCGGGAAAACGCACCCAUACGUGCGUUUGCUCCUCUUCUCCGGGGAAGCUUUCUAUGAUGAUCAGGCUGGUCUGCUAAAGGCCGCCUUCCCGAACGCGGCUAUCAAGUCCGUGGUUUAUGGAUCAAUGGACUGCGGGAUCAUCGGCUUGCCGCCAAGAGGGGAACACUACACCCACGAUCCCCGGGUACACCAGGUCAACAGUCCCAACAUCCUAGUUGAAAUAGUCAACGACGACGGCGAGGUUACGAGCACACCAGGUGAGGCAGGGAGCCUGGUUGUGACGAACAUGGAGCGCCGGCUGAUGCCCAUCAUCCGCUACCCUUCUGGAGAUCGGGCCGCGUGGGUCGAUCGAUCUCUAGGUCUUUUCCGCGUUCUCGACAGGGACCGCAUGGCCAUUCGCCUCGGACCCGUUUCGAUCGAUUUCGUGGACCUCAGAAGAAUCGUGUCUUCAGUCCUCGGAGAUCGACCUGUGGGUAAACUACAAGCUGUCAUUACUAGAGAUGACAGAAAAGAUUCUAUGACAUUGAACGUCGCCUACACUCCAGCUACGGAUGAAGAGAGCUCGAACCUGCAAUUAGAGUUGAGAAAGGAGCUGAGUGUAGUGCGGCCGAUGUUCCAGGAGCAUGUCGAGAAGGAUCUUAUCAACCCACUGCAAGUAAAGUUUUUGCGAAUGCAUGAUCUGGCUGUCAACCCAAGAAGUGGAAAAAUUGCGGAGGUGUUAGAUCUCCGGUCGACUACAUUGUAA